AUGGCGACUCGCCCAGUGCGCGUGCAGAGAAGAGAGGGCAGGCGGAUCACCCGCUACGAAGAGCCCGAGUUCGAACAGACUCGGUACGACCUGCGCGAGUCCACGGGAGGCGCCGGGCGACGUCACUACGAUGAGCAAGGCCGUGGCGGCGGCGGUCGGUACUACGCGAAGCGGAUGCCCAGCCCGAUGCGUGUCGGGCGCCGCCGUGCGCGCUCGCCCUCACCCGAUGUCUACAGGGAGACUGCCCGCCGGCGCAGGGAGUACCCCGCCACCGGCAAGCGCCCCGCGGCCGUAGCCAGCGCCGCGCCGCCGGCCGAAGAGGAGUACGAGGCCCACCCGCUGGACGAGUUCGAUCGGUACAUGCUGGCCAAGCGGCGGCGCCGCGGCCGGGCGCGGGAGCACAUGCGGCCCGCCGCCCGGGAGAUGGAGCGGAUCGCCUAUCCUACGGGUCCCGUCGGCCUUCGUCGCCGCCGACAUAGGGAGGAGGAAGAGGAGCCCGAGAGCGAGCACUACCCCUCCGAAGGAGAAGAAGAGAAUGAAGAGUAUGAGCGCUUCCGCGAGCAGCGCCAGCGUCGACUGGCGGGCUACGGCGAAGAGCGCAGAGGGCGCCAGAUGACCAGGAGGCGCGACCUGGUCGCCGGUCGGCGCGGCCGCGAAGAGGAGGAAGAAGAAGGUGAAGGAGAAGAAGGAGAGGAGGGCCAUGAGUACUACUCCCCCGAGGAGCUGGAGGAGGAAGAGGGAGAAGGGUACACCGAAGAGGAGGAGGGCGAGGGGCUGAUGAGCGCCCCCGAGGAGCUGGACGAGGACGAGGAGUUCAUCACGGGCCGGCGCAUGCCGAUUCGGCGACGCGGCGCCGACUAUGGUCGCGGCGGCGGCGAGACGACCCAACGCUUCAAGCUGAGGAGAAGAGGCCCAGAAGAGGAAGAGGAAAGGCGAACUGGAGGAAGAGGUAGGAAGAGAGGGCGCGAGGAGGAGCACGAAGAGGAGCACGAAGAGGAGCCGCAAGGAAGGCGAGCCCGGAAGCUGCCAGCGCGGAAGACCCAUCGCCACCCCACCUACGAGGACAUGAUCGCCGAGGCGCUGGUCAAGGUGGGCAAGAACGGCAAGGCGAGCGGGGUGGCCAUCUUCAAGUACAUCCACGACCACUUCGACAUGCCGGCCAAUGACCGACUGGUCAGGAACCACCUCCACCAGGCAUUCGAGCGGCUGAUGGAUGACGGGAAGCUGCGCCACAAGAAGGCGUCCUACGUGCUGCCACGCAACCUGCUGACCGAGUACGGCACCAAGUACGGCGCCGCCAAGGAGGAGGCCCAACAGAAGGCCGAGAAGAAAGAAGGCGAGGACCAGCAAGGCGCGCAGAAGGAGGGCGUCCAAGAAGGUGGUGAGAAGGGGCAGGAGAAGGGCCAGACCACCGAAGAGGCGCAGGAGAAGACUGCAGCCGGCGGAGAACAGCCGAGUGAGGAAAAGGGCGCCGCGGAGCAGCAGGCGGGCGAAGGCACCACCGCGUCGAAGAAGGGCGCUGGCGGACGCAAGAAGUCGCGUUGA